UGCAAGUGUGUGCUGCUAUGUGCUUUAUUUGUCGUACUGUCAAUGAUGUCUAAUGUUUAUUUUUGUGUAUUAAUACAGUUUUAUAUUGAUUAUCUUCCAAUAUUUAACGCAAAUAACAGUUCUAAUCAUAAUAUGGUCCAAAAAUCUCCUUCGGCCAUUAGUAAAAGAUAUCAUCAAGGGUGCCUGCCUAACUUGCUUGGAAGUAGUGUAAAAUAGACUGCAGUUUUGCGUCUUAUCCUCCACCCCAUAUUAACUGAUGCUUUAAAGGAUCACUUCCUGGAAGGAGAGGGAUCGCGUUGCGAACAUAAGUCGCGCCAUCGCCCAAGCUGAUUCAGAUGUUUGACGACGCGAGAGUUAUGUAAUCAACUCGCAGGCUAUUUACGAAGCGGCCCAUUAUCAUCACUCGUAAGCGACGAUUUAAACUUGCAACAAGUGCGUAUAAAGUUAUUGUUUAUAGUUAAGUAAAUAAAUCGAAAAAAUGUUGUGGAAUGUGUACUGGGAGUUGGGCCCGGAAGACACGACGAUGGAGCCCCGCAGCGCGAAGCCUUGCGCAGUGGUGAGGCCGAGCUGCUUUAAUAUACCCCAAGGCUCGUGGUUUAAUGAGGUGGAAGAUCCGGCACCUGUGUCUUGUAUGGUCCCGGCCACCUUUACAGGCCCUAGGACCUUUAAAGUCUCGAGAACCGAAGGAGGCGUAGUGUCUAUUGUAGAGACAAGGCACCUUCGAUUCACAUUUUCAUACAACGCGCGCGGAGGAAGUAAAAUACACAUACGCAGGAUAAUUAACGAGUACACAGUUCGUGAACAGGUACUGUCUCCAUACACCGAUAUUAUGUCUAUCAUGAAACGAAAAUUGAAAAUUAGAGGUUCUGCUAAACUAUUUCAAAAACGACUUAACGAUAUGGGUUACUUUUGGUAUAUGACAAAUAGAACACCAGCGACAACCAUUCUUUUGGAGUGCACAGGGUUGAGACGUUGCCGCCAGACAUAUAUUCAAGCAAUAAAAAAAUACCGCGCAAAAGGUCGGCCCAUUAUUUAUUUGAGCAAAUAUUUUGACUAUAAGUCACAACGAGGCCGUGUUCGUUGUAACACGUUUACUCUGACCGCCCACUCUGCUACUGGGCCUGCACCGCAUUCUAUUGAUAUGUACGAAAUUGAAAACAAUGAAAACGCGGAAGAAGAAAAAUUUAUGAUAUGUAAAAAAUGGAUUCGCCAGAAGGUAAUUCCGAACAUUCCGCCGAAUGCAGUGAUCGUAUUGGUAAACUUACCAUCCCAGAAUAGACCGUUAUAUCCUGACCUAAAGGACAGUGCAUCUAAACUGCAAAUGCAAUCCUGGCUUCUAUUGAAUAGAAAACCGAUAAAAUUGUAUUGGUACAAAUCCCAACUGCCCGAGAUAAUCAGGGUGUCCUCGAUAUAUGCUAUCGACGAUCUGUUCAAGAGCCGUACGGGGAGAGAUCACCCUGUGCUGCGUUUUCCGCCGCAACAUUACGACUUGGAUAUAACGCACCUCUUUUGGUGUGAUGUUUUUUUCAAUCUCAAUCCGAGACCUCUCUCUAUUAGAAGGCAAUUGCGAAAUGCAAUUGAGAGACACCUCGUUAAAAUGACUGUGAGCAAAUUGAAUUUAUUGCAGAGUCAGUUAGCUGGUACAGAAAACGAAUAUCAGAACAGAGAUAGCGCUAUCGACAGGAUGACGGAUAAUUACCAGCUGUCCUGCGAUUUGGGUUGUUAUUCGCUGAACUUGAAUCUACUUAACCUGGAUACACGCUAUCUGUCCGUUUUGCCCGCAUUAAGAGAUAGGUUAAUCGGACACAAUUAAUAUGCAUCAAUCUUUGGAUUCUAAAAAAAUAUCGAUAACUUCAAUGACGAUUUUAUUAUAAUCAUUACAUUU